UUUCCCGCCCUUAGUCCAAUGAAUGAGCAUUUUCCCUUUUUUAUUUAUUUUAGGAGGGUAUGUCGCAAUUGACACGAGACUUGGGACUUCAUAAGUGUCUUAUCGGGGAUCUAAAUAAGGAGUGAAGUGAUACAAAAAAGGAAAUCUUUUUUUAUUUUGUUAGUCCUAUUCCUAUCCAUAAGAUAAGAGGAGAGCAUAUGAAAAAUCUAACCGAUUCUUUCGUUUUUUUGGGUCACUGGCCAUCCGCCGGGAGUUUCGGGUUUAAUACCGAUAUUUUAGCAACAAAUCUAAUAAAUCUAAGUGUAGUGCUUGGUGUAUUGAUCUUUUUUGGAAAGGGAGUGUGUGCGAGUUGUGUAUUUCAAGAAUAGGCUGGAACCAACCAGCUGCACUUUAUAUUUUGCUAUUGUAAUCUAAUAAUAGAGAAAGGUGCACGAUCUCAACGAAUUACUUCUGAAUAAAUCAAUAAGUCCUAUGUAAGAACCAUAGCAUUUCGUGACUCGUUGGUAAAUUGGAUUCUCUAUUAACCAAUAAUGUGAGACCAUUUAGUUAACAUGGUUAAAGCUGAACUGUUUGAAGUCUAAGCACAACACGGUACUCUUUCUACCACUGCGUUAGUACAAGAUAAGAUGGUUUCAAAAUGCAUAAAUCAUUUUGUUGGGAAUUUAUUUGAUAUAGAACACUCAUAUCAAUAAAAUGAUUUGAACCAUUGACUGGAAAAACGGGUACCUCGCCCCUUCCUUUUUAUCUAAUGCUGAAUCGACGACCUAUGUGUAUAAAAUGAGAAAGAAUUCUUUUGGAUGUGAAGAAAUAAAAGAAACGACUUUGCUGACAAUUACAAGUUUUUUUGGUCUGGUCAGAAGAGCCCUCCAGAGAUCCUGGGUUUUCUUGUAUCAGUUUUUAUAUCCUGGAAUACGAACAGAGAAGAGAGGGUAGGCUCAUUAAGAAAGAGAUAUGGGAAUGCCCCAUAAGUAUAAGUAAUUUAAUUGAGCGUGAGAGCCAAAUGAAUCGAAAGAUUCAUGUUCGGUUCGGGAAGAGAUCGUGGAAGUUGUGGAAUUGAUGGGGAGAUAAUCUACUUUCAUUAAGUGAUUUAUUAGAUAAUCGAAAGCAGAGGAUUUUGAGUACUAUUCGCAAUUCAGAAGAACUAUGCGGAGGAGCCGUUGAGCAGCUUGAAAAAGCACGGGCUCGCUUACAGAAAGUGGAAAGGGAAGCGGAAGAGUUUCGAGUGAAUGGAUACUCUGAGAUAGAACAAGAAAAGAUAAAUUUGAUUAAUGCCGCUUAUCAGAAUUUGGAACAAUUAGAAAAUUACAAAAACGAAAGCAUUCAUUUCGAACAACAAAGAGCGAUUAAUCAGGUCCAACAACGAGUUUUCCAACAAGCCUUACAAGGGGCUCUAGGAACUCUGAAUAAUUGUUUGAACGGCGAGUUACAUUUACGCACCAUCGGUGCUAAUAUUGGCAUACUUGGGGCCAUGAAAGAAAUAACCGAUUAGUCCUUCUACUAUAGGAUAGGUAUUAUUUUUCUCCUUUUUUGCUUCCUAGAAAGAAUUAAGAGAUACUAAUGGUAACCAUUCGAGCCGAAGAAAUUAGUAAUAUUAUCCGCGAACGGAUUGAGCAAUAUAAUAGAGAAGUAAAGAUUGUGAACACUGGUACCGUACUUCAAGUGGGCGACGGCAUUGCUCGUAUUCAUGGUCUUGAUGAAGUAAUGGCAGGUGAAUUAGUAGAGUUUGAAGAGGGUACGAUAGGUAUUGCUCUGAAUUUGGAAUCCAAUAAUGUUGGCGUUGUAUUAAUGGGUGACGGUUUGAUGAUACAAGAGGGUAGUUCCGUGAAAGCAACAGGACGAAUUGCUCAGAUACCGGUGAGUGAGGCUUAUUUGGGUCGUGUUAUAAAUGCCCUAGCUAAACCUAUUGAUGGGAGGGGUGAAAUUUUAGCUUCUGAAUAUCGGUUAAUUGAGUCUCCCGCUCCAGGUAUUAUUUCGAGACGUUCCGUAUAUGAGCCUCUUCAAACGGGGCUUAUUGCUAUUGAUUCGAUGAUCCCUAUAGGACGCGGUCAGCGAGAAUUAAUUAUUGGGGACAGACAGACCGGUAAAACAGCAGUAGCUACAGAUACUAUUCUCAAUCAAAAAGGUCAAAAUGUAAUAUGCGUUUAUGUAGCUAUUGGUCAAAAAGCAUCUUCCGUGGCUCAGGUAGUGACUACUUUCCAGGAACGGGGAGCAAUGGAAUACACCAUUGUGGUAGCGGAAACAGCGGAUUCGCCUGCUACAUUACAAUACCUCGCUCCUUAUACAGGAGCCGCUCUGGCUGAAUAUUUUAUGUACCGUCAACGACAUACCUUAAUAAUUUAUGAUGAUCUCUCCAAACAAGCACAAUCUUAUCGCCAAAUGUCCCUUCUAUUAAGAAGACCACCUGGUCGCGAAGCUUAUCCAGGAGACGUUUUUUAUUUGCAUUCCCGCCUUUUGGAAAGAGCCGCUAAACUAAGUUCUCGUUUAGGCGAAGGAAGUAUGACUGCUUUACCAAUAGUUGAGACUCAAUCUGGGGACGUUUCGGCUUAUAUUCCCACUAAUGUCAUUUCCAUUACAGAUGGGCAAAUCUUCUUAUCCGCGGAUUUAUUCAAUGCUGGAAUCCGUCCAGCUAUUAAUGUGGGUAUUUCCGUCUCCAGAGUAGGAUCCGCAGCUCAAAUUAAAGCCAUGAAACAAGUAGCCGGCAAAUUAAAAUUAGAAUUGGCUCAAUUUGCAGAGUUAGAAGCCUUUGCGCAAUUCGCUUCCGAUCUAGAUAAAGCUACUCAGAAUCAAUUGGCAAGAGGUCAACGAUUACGGGAGUUGCUCAAACAAUCCCAAUCAUCCCCUCUCGCGGUGGAUGAACAGAUAGUUACUAUUUAUACCGGAACGAAUGGAUAUCUUGAUCAAUUAGAAAUUGGACAGGUAAAGAAAUUUAUUGUUCAGUUACGUACCCAUUUAAGAACAAAUAAGCCUCAGUUACAAGAAAUCAUAUCUUCUACCAAGGUAUUCACCGAGCAAGCGGAAGCCCUUUGA